AUGCGCAACGACUCGAUAAUGUUCCCGUAUAUACCCGACAUCGAGAAUCAAUUUCCGGUUAAGCUGAGCAUAGAGGACGUCCUCGCUAUACAGAAUCUGUACGGGUCUCUCGACGACAGAAACUAUUCGACGGCGACUCCCGCGAUGACGAGCGUCGCGCCGACCGAUCCCGCGCGCGCGGAUCAUUGCGCGUUGCGGCGCGUGGACGCGGCGCUGAUAAUGAAUCGCCGAUUGUACAUAGCUAAUCGCCGCAACAUGUGGUCGGUCGAAAGACGCUACGGUAAACCCAUGACGCUCACGGAUUACGCGACGUUUCUCCCGGCGAAUUUCACGCGCCUAUCCGCCACGUAUCGAAGACCCUCGGGUGAUCUCGCGCUAUUCGCGGGCGAUUCGAUCUACCUCGCGGAAUAUCCCAGUUUUAAGCUAAAAUCGGGUUGGCCGAGAUAUCUCCACGAUAUCGGACUUCCCAGAGACGCUAAGAUCAACGCAGCGAUAAACACGCACACGGGACGAACCUACGCGAUCUACGACGACGACAAGGUAGCGGAGAUCGACGAGUGUCGCAUGAUAGCCAUUAGACACGCUCCGUUGAAGGAUGUAUUUCUCGGAAUACCGCCCGCGAUAACGUCGGCCUUCCGAUACGUCGACGACAAUCUAUAUUUCUUCGCCAAACGUCAGUUCUACGCCUUCAACGAAUUCACGAAUAUUGUGACCUCGGCGGGUCCUUUCGAUUUACUCUCGCUCGGUAUCGAGUGUCCUACGGACGGGCUGCUAAGACAAUUGCGCGAUCUCCUUAGUCGCGUCUAUCGUCUCGGCGACGCGACCGAGAGAGAGAGGAUCGACGAGGAGGAUGACUAG